AACUGCAGGUAAUAAAAACGGAGAGGUGCUUGGUGUGUCACAUCUAAGAAACAGAAGAGUUUUGUCCAAUGGAUUUGUUUCAUUAGGGAAGGAGGAUCUUCAGCUCAUGUAUAGUGAUGGGGACAAGGCUUUUGGUACAUCCACUGAUCUCUGCAUUGAUGAGAGACUAAGAAUUGCAUCUGAUGGCAUUAUUUUUGUCAGCAUGGAGAUCUUCCGACCUCAGAAGGAACAUGGUUUAGCGCAGUCAGGUUUGAAAGGAAAAUUUAAGAUUACUACAAUAUGCCUAUGGCUUGAUAAUGGAAGAUUGUUGGACGCACUCUACAAAGCAGCUCAUGCUGCAUUGUCAAGUUGUCCUGUCAAUUGUCCACUUAGUCACAUGGAGAGGAUGGUAGCUGAAAUCUUGAGGAAAAUGGUACGGAAGUAUAGUGGGAAGAAGCCCGACGUCAUUGCGGUUGCUACGGAGAACAGCAUGGCAGGUUUCUCAGAACACCUCGAUGCUAAAUCAUCUGGAAAUUUUGGACCUUCCUCAGCUACUAGCCAUUUGAGCAGGAGUCCAGCUACGAGUCUUGAAGGCAGCUAUAAAACACACCCAGACAACCCAGAGGUGGAUGCUGAAGAAACCCCUCCUGAGGCAGUGAGAACAACACCUGAUGAUGCAACUACAAGCUCCAAUGGUGAAGCAUUCUUCUCUUCAGAUUUACAUCAGCCUAAAACAUUGGAGCACUUUUGGGAGUCAUUCAAAUCCCCUACAGCUGUUAAAAUUGCACGAAUUGUCAAUGGGGGGAACAAACAAAAUCUCAGCAAAAUUGGCAUAAUGGGUAAGGACUCAUCAAUCCAGUCAGCUCCUGCUCCAGUUAAGUCUUCAAAAAAGAACAAGUGGAAACCUGAGGAAAUUAAGAGCUUAAUACAGAUGCGUGGCGAAAUGAAUGAGAAAUUUCAGAGCGUGAAAGGAAGAAUGGUUCUGUGGGAGGAGAUUUCUGAUACCAUGUUGAACCAAGGAAUAAGUCGUACGCCGGCACAGUGCAAAUCUUUAUGGACAUCGUUAGUUCAGAAAUAUGAGGUUAGUCAUAGAUUCAGUUUCUUCUGAGUCCUACAAUAUUCGGUCUGUAGAAUGAAGCAAGAUAGCUGUCAUGUAUUUCAGAUUGCAAUGUAAUAUCUGACAGUAGCAAUCCUCUGUCAUGUUAUCUAUCACCUACAAAAUUUGAAAUUUAAGAUCAACUUGAACAUAGAGAAACAAAAAAAUAUUAAUGGGUAUUUUCAUCAUUAUGCUUCAUUUUUUGUAUUUCUAGUGUUAAUUUAUUAUUAGAUAUCCUAACUAUCAAACUAUUGAUAAAAACUACAAUUUAUUUUUUAAUAUAAAGUAUAGUGUUGUCUACCAGCUCACAAAAUUUGAGAUUAAAACUUAACUUGAAUAUAAAGAAACAAAAAAAAAACCUUACUAAGGGAAAACAUAUAUGACAUUCUGAAUUUACAUUUGCUAACUAGCAUGGAAUUCUUGUACAUCUUGAGCUAGCAAAACCACUCCUUCCGAAAGAGAGGAGAGAAGAAUGUUUUCAUGGAUCAACACAAUUGAUCGAAAAAA